CAGGGAAGAUAGAGACACUUAAACAGUCGAGUUAUGCAACUCUGUCCAAGAUGAUGUUAAUGUUGUUCAGUCUUUUCCUUUGGAACAUUCCUUCAUUUGCAUCACCUGAAUCAUCUGUGCCAGAGAUUAACUGCAUUAUCAUAAAUCUGGAAUAUGUUAAUUGCACAUGGGAUGACAAUGGAACCCAAAAUUACAAUUACAGUUUCAAGAGCAUGUUUUCUUAUAACGAAGCUCUGGAGUGUUCUAUAUAUCACAAGAUCAACAACGUCAACGUGGGCUGCAUGAUGCCCUACCACGAAACACAACGGUUCAAUAUGUUCAGCACAUGGCUGUAUAAUGACAAGGGUAGAUUGAUGACAGAGCAGAAACAUGAUCUGAAAAAUAAUGUGAAGCUUUACCCUCCGUAUCACUUGUCUGUUGUGGAGAAAAAAGAUGCUGAACUGUGGCUGUAUUGGAAUGUUACGGCACACAAAAGCAUUUGCAUUGAGAGCCAGGUUCGACACAGGACCAAGGACAAGGAUUGGCAGUCCACAAAGCCAAAUACCAAGACAUCCUACAGUUUACCUUUUCCUUCAAAAAAACAAUACGAGUUCCAAAUCAGGGCUCGAAUGUCGUCAUCCUGUGGAGAGUCCGUGUUUUGGAGUGAUUGGAGUAAGCCUGUGUACUGGGGAACUUUAAAUCCUAAUACUGACACAGAAAGUCCAGUUACUAUGUCUGUGAUGGCAUUGGUGCUGUAUAUAGUGGGUGCCACAGUAUUGCUUGUCAUGCUCUCCUGCUUGCUGGUCCACAGCGAGAGGUUAAAGAUAAUCCUAAUUCCAGUAGUGCCAAAUGCAGGCCGAAAUGUAAGCAAAUACCUUACGGCUCUUUUUGACAACUAUGAUGGCAAUGUAGAGAAAUGGCUUUCCAUCUCCAAAGAUCUGGAGAAAGGCUUCAAACCCAAUUUUACAGAACGUGCCUGCCCUGUGCGUGAGUACAGAAUAGUGUCUCAGUCAAGCAGUGACAGUGGAAAUGUCCUCUCAAUCCCAACAGACAUGUCAUCAGAUUACCAAUGCAUGCAGAGCUACUCAUCGGCCUCCACCAUACUUGGACCUGCUGAAAACCCACAAACCCAGGCUCCAUCUCAAGUGGAUAAUCCAGUCUAAGAGGGAUUUACUAUACAGCAGAAACUGCUGAUCUAAAAGUCUAGGUAGGCUUAGGCAGUUAAGAGUUUGGUAAUGUCCAUCAUUAUUUGUUUCUGCUGGGGGGGGGGCUGUGAACUGAUUAUUACUGUGGUUCCAAAUCUACAUUUAAAAACCUACGUGCAACACAUUAUCUAAAAUCAACUUACAAAAUUGAACAGUCAAGGCACAUUUCAAGCAAAGGAGCUAUUUAAUCUACGUCUUAUUUGAUAUAAUUUUGUGCUAUUUGACAAAUAUAGUCAAAUAGCACAUUGGUACAAUGAUGAAUACAUUCUAAACAAUGAUGAAAUUAUUUUUACUGUUGUACAAUGAUGUGCUUUAAGGUCACUCACCGAUUCUUGGCUCAUUUGAGUUGUACUGCUCCAGACAAAUCCAAGGCCAACAUUUAAUAUGUAAUGUCUUUUUUUUCUUUUCUUUUUACAAAUGAACCAUUUCUUCUAUGCCUAAAUCUUAUUCCUGACUCUUGUCCCUUUCCUCUACAUUCCACUCUGCAUAUUAAAAAAUGGAUUGUAUUACAUAUAUAAUUUGUUUUUUACAUACACUGGUGUCCAAAUGUUUGGAAUAAUGUACAGAUUUAGCUGUUUUGGAAGGAAAUUUUUAUUUUUAUUCACCAAAGUGGCAUUCAACUGAUUACAAAGUAUAGUCAGGACAUUACUGAUGAAAAACAGCACCAACUUUAUAUGAAUAAAGUCACAUUUGAUCAAAUCUAGGCCCCAUUUCCAUCAGCCAUCACUCCAACACCUUAUCCUUGAGUAAUCAGGCUAAAUUGCUAGUUUUUGAGUUGCCACAGUAUGGCACAGGAUGGUAGACUGGCAUGUCUUAAGGUCAAUAUUAGGUCAAAAAUUGGCAAAAACAAGAAACUUUCUCUAGAAACCGAGUAGCCUGUACAAAAUCUGUACAUUAAUCCAAACUUUUGGCCGCCAGUGUAUGUACUUGUUUUAUGUGUUAUGUACAUCAUGUCUUGGGAAAAUGUUUGGAUUAAAAUGAUAGCUUAAAUUAAACAACGUGAAAGCCACUGUAGUAGCAAAAUUAUCCUUGGUUUGUACAGUAUGCUGCUGAAAUGUCUAUUUGAUGCAUACAUCUUCAUCUGGGAGACAUAUUUUUUUGUGUUUAAUCAUCAGAAACAAAUUGAUAAAAUGUUCGCUGUCAGAUGUAAAAAAUAACAUACAGCAGAUGUUUCUGGGACAUUUAGGAUUUUAUCAUAUUUUUUAUCUGAUUUUAAUCUGUAUUUUGUUUUUAUUAUAUAUAUCUUUAUUAGAUGAUUGUAUAAAAAAAUGACGCUUUAUAUAUAUAUAGAAUGUAGAAUGUGAUGCAUUCAUGGUUAUUUAA